CACAGGAUGAAAUACAGCCAGCGGCUGAGCAGUCGUCUCGUUAUAAUACAUUUAGGAGCGUUGACGCCUCAUCUGCCUCGCAGUAAUACCUGUACGAUGAAGCCUGUGUCUUACCUGAACGUCUCUCAGUAAUACCUGUACGAUGAAGCCUGUGUCGUACCUGUACGAUGAAGCCUGUGUCGUACCUGAACGUCUCUCAGUAAUACCUGACCGGAAACUUCCACCAGUUUGUAAAAAUCUCUCUGACCAAAAACCCGAAGAAACCCCCCCCCCCCCCCAGCAACCGUUUGUUUCUCAGCCGCUCAGCCGGACUCUGGCCAUCGAGCUGCUGGAUAAAGUCAGUAACUCAGACCAGACGCCCUACCAGGAGCACCAGGACGAGGAUGAGACCGACGCAGAGGUCGUCUCUGUCCCUCAGAGGAUCCCGUCUGGAAACACCAGAGGAGGAAAGACUCUGUCUGAGCUCACCUUUGAUCAGAUGACGUUUGAUCCUCCUCUCAGGAAAGAGACUGAAGCUCACCAUGAAGAGUUGGACUCUGAUCGUUUCCUGGACUGCGUGGAGGAGCUCUACUACACCGCCAGAUCCCACCUGAAGCUGCAGGUGGAGGAUGAAGAUAAUUCUGCAGGACCAGGACUAGAACCAGGACUCGGACCCGGAUCAGGAUCAGUGUCAGGACCCAAACUAGGACUAGGACCCAGACCAGGACCAGGAAACCAGUGAGAACAGGAUCCUGACCUUAUGAACACUAAAAUCAAAUUGAAAUGUUAUUGAUCUCAAGGACGUUUGUUGUGCAGCAGUUUUAAUACAAAGUAGGAAACUAAAAGAAAACAUUAGAAACUCUAAUAAUAAGAUCUCACAUGUUCUUAAUGAAGGUGAAGCCGGGGCGUGAAUGUGCCAAGCUUCUUCUCCGUCUGCACCAUAUUCUUGAACGCUUCCACAUCGCAUCAUUUUCUAACUUUCGUUUUUGAGCUGAAGUACGAUAACUUAGCUUAGCGUCGCCGGCUUUAUCAUAAUUUCCUUACAAAAGAAAACCACCAUUUAUAUUCCCAACAUGUGUUCAGUUUAUCCAAAGAAUUUGUUGUUGGAGCUUAAAGAGCUGCUGGCUGUGUUAGUUAUUAUAUCUUAUAGUAUUGAUCUUUUCUAUGUUAUUAUAACAUGAUAAUCAGCAGCUGAGGCCGUUAAACCGUCCGAUCCUGCAGCUGUGAAUGAAAAUAUGAUUCACUGUUUACACUCUGCUAGCGGUAUUAAAUAUAAUAAUAUAUAAAGAAA